AUGGAAUGGUUAUCAUUACUUGUGACAAUUGCCGUAACGGUGAUAAUAUCAGGUUGGCUGGUUAGUAACUACAUACUGGACUUCAAGAGGGAUUUAAGCUAUGUGGCGUUACACGAGCAAUCAAACAUGUCUACAGUGAGGAAAGAGAAUGAAACUGCUCACUAUAGAAAUUUCUUGGUUCCUUCUGGGUUUCCUUUGACUGCUGGUUUGGGCCUAUCUCUGGGGUAUAGGGUAAGAAACGGCAAUUUUGGGGACGUAUGGAACGCUGUUAUGGAUCUCUCUAAUGCCAACUCUAUAAGUUUCAACUCAAAGAGUUAUUCAUUGAGUGAAAUUAAUGGUAUGGCCAAGCAUAUUUUACAUUCGUGUUUUAGUAAAGGUGAUACCGCUGGAGGUAUCGGUAUCAAUGUCUCACCUUUGACUUUGGAAGGUUUCGUAAUUUCUAUUGCUGCUAUGAUGGGCUCAUUAGAGACCAAUAGAGUGAUACCGCAUCUCCUAGCGUCAAUACCGCGCCAUAAAAUGGAUACAGUCGAUACACUUGUCCUUGACUCGUGGCACUCUUACAAGAUGCUGAACGGGAGUGAACAUUUCUGGAAGUUGAUUAUUGUCUGUGAAAAUAGUAAUGAGAAGGCGCCAAAAGAUGUGAGCGACAACGUAAUAAACUUCAAACAGUUGAUUGAAGGGUACCACAACGACUCAGACUUCAAGUAUACACCACCUACGGAUAAUUCAGAUGAUUUAAAGCCAUUUUUAAAUAUUACUUCGCAAUGGAAUACGUCUACUGCGUUUUCUCACAUGAACUUGGUCAGCAGUAUGGCCGCAUUCAUAAAGAACUUCCCUGCAGAUCAUUCUUUGACAGAAAACGAUAUAAUUACUACUUUGGGGUACACCUCUGAUGUAGAUAUGGGCUUGCAAAUGUGGUGCAAAACUUUAGCAGUACUUUUACAUGGCGGGUCCGCAAGAUUUCUAACAGAUUCUGAAACUCUAUCACCUUCUUCUUCCUCUCCUUCAAAAUCUCUGAUAGAUACACUAAAGUCUAGUACCCUACUUCUCAUAAAAUCUGAUAUUCUCAAUAAAAUUACAAAAAAUAUUUUCCCAUCACAGACUACUUUGUUUCAAUCAGUCAAAGAGUCCUGGGCAACUACAUUGUUAAGUGAAGGAAUAUUCACAAAAAUGGCUCAAUCGAACUCUAAUCUGUUCGAUUCUAUGAGAUGUAUCUAUUUAAUGGAAACACUGGUGGAAAGUGAUAUAAUUUCAUCUUUUCACCAGGCUGAAGUAAAGAUACCAAAAUUGCGUAGUGGACAGCUCAAGGACACCUUUUCUACUACACGAUUAAACAGAUUAAGAGCGAACUUCGGUUCGAGGUUAGUGGUGGAGUUGUACUGCCCCUAUAUAGUGAUUGGUCCUCUUUCACAGACCAACUUUUUCGAUUACAGAGUAUUCCCACAAAGUUUGGAUACAAAUUUUGUAUGUACAGGAGCCUUGUCGACGAGUCUAGAGGGGAAAAUUAUAGCAACUGACUCAAAUCCUAAUCUAGAUAUCACGAAGAGACAAGGUAUGCUAUGUAUCCGUGGAUUUACGAUAGGGAAACCCAUUGAGAAGAACAGGUUAGAGAAUGCAGCCACUAUAAGCAAGGAACUGGCAAACGGUGAGGGUUGGAUGCCACUGGUAGGAGUCUUUGGCCUGUGGGGUCAAGAUGGAUGUCUCUACUUGUACAAAUAG